AUGCGUGCUGCUAUCAUUUCUGCCCUCGCGGCUGGUGCUGCUGCCACUCGCCCCUUCAUCAACGAGCCCGACACUGGCAUUGAACUUGCCCUUGGUGACCUCGCCGUCGGUGCUCUGCCUGACCUCAAGCAGAUGGUUGGCCUUCCUGACUUUGAGUACGCCGCGCGCAACUACCUCCCUGCCCGCAACUACACCUACUACCGCAACGGUGCUGCUGGUGAAUGGUCUUACCGCAACAACCUAGAGGUCUUCGGCCGCUACCGCCUUCGUCCCCGUACCAUGGUUGACAUCACGAACAUCGAGUCUACCCUGCCUACUACUAUCCUCGGACACAACUUUUCUGCCCCUAUCUUCAUCAGCCCUGCUGCCCGUGCUGAUUACGCUCACGUCGAUGCUGAGCUCAACCUUAUGAAAGCCGCUGCUGCCGAGAACAUUCUUUACAUGCCGGCUCUCUACGCUGCCAAGACUAUUGAGCAGAUCGCCGAGGUUAAGGCCGAGGGUCAGGUCGCCUUCCAGCAGGUGUACCUUACCUCCAAUGACACCGCCACCCAGAUCCUCUUCGACCGCAUCAAGGCCUCUGGCGCCAACGGCAUUGUCUACACUGUUGACUCCGCCGCCGAUGGCAACCGUCACCGUGCUGCCCGCUUCGGUGUCACCUCCGCUGAUUCUGACUACUCCCUUAUCACGUGGGAUGAGUACCGCAAGCUCUCCAGCAUGACUGACCUCCCCAUCAUCAUCAAGGGAAUCAUGACCGUUGAGGACGCCGAGGCUGCCAUUGAGAAUAAGGUCCCUGCUAUUGUCCUCUCCAACCACGGCGGUCGCCAGCUCGACGGUUCCCCCUCUUCUCUCGAGGUUGCCCUUGAGAUCUAUGAGAAGGACCCCGAGAUCUUCAAGAAGAUCGAGGUCUACGCCGACGGUGGUGUCCGCUACGGCGCUGAUGUCCUCAAGCUCCUUGCCCUUGGUGUUAAGGCUGUCGGUCUUGGUCGCCCCAUCAUGUUUUCCAACAUUUUCGGCCAGGAAGGUGUUCAGAAGGCCAUUCAGCUCCUCAAGCACGAGAUCGCCAUCGAUGCCGGUAACCUCGGCGUCCCUGAUCUGAAGAAGAUUGAUGCUAGCUACGUCAAGUGGACCCCUAACAACUGGUACUCUUAA